UGAGGAGCAAGGGGUCAAGGGAAAUUAGUGGAAGCGAGGAACAUAAUAUAAUAGACGUGAACGCAUCCUCGAUAGUUUCUUUCUCAUGUCUAUAACUUUACAUAGCAAAAGCGAGCUUCUGUAAAAUAAUUAAAAAAAAAUACAGAUAGCAUACUUUAAUAUUUAAUUACAGAAAGACAACAAUGUGGCUUUAAGAGGCAGCUAAAUGUUACCUUCAAGUUUCAAACACCUUGUUUGUCCGGAACAUCGCGACGGCACCAGGAAGACAGCGCGGUUAAUCUUCCCUAGUUUAGUUACCCUCAAAACAUUGACAGUAUAUGGUUAAUAACAUUUAACGCAAACUGGCGAGUAACCAAAGGAUUUUUAGACAGACUUGACAUUUAUCUUUUCAUUUAUUACACUCCACAGUUUCUUUACAGAGUACAUCUUCCUGAUGACCGAAGAACUGACACUUGAUCCACUGGCUGGAUACCAUGCCAUUGAAUUACUUCAAAGGUUCAUGGUCAAGCACCUCACAGAUUUGCUCACCACACCCACACCUCAAGGUGCAGCUGCUGAUCAGCCAAGAAGUUAUGAAGAUGCUAUUUUUGACAAGAUCAAGGAGAAAUUCCCCCUCAUCAUCUUCUCCUGUGUGCAACUUGCGAGCAAACUGUCUUUGCACAGUCAUAUAAUCGACAACAAUACUGCUGUACAGUUCCUGCAUUCAGUUGGCCACAGUGUUUCCAAGCAGGCUCUCUUGGAAACAGAGCUGAUGAUUUUAAAAGGGCUUGAAUUCAGACUAAAUGCUCCAAAUCCUCUGACAUACGUGGAGAUCCUUCUGGAGGUGCUUGGACACAAUGAGCCAUCCAUCCCUGUGGAGCGCCUGUAUGGCUUGUGCCGCUAUGUUCUCCAGUUUGUCAGCCUACAGAAGACUGCCAUCUACGGCACCUUGUUGAAGACUACCACUCGGUGUGUCAGCCCAUCCAGAGAACAGAGAGAGAAGUUUGUGACAGUGACUGAAGACUGCAUGCUUCUUGGAGUUGGUGUCAUUUCUGUGGCUACAUUCAUCCUCUAUGCUAGAAAAUGGGAACAGGUUUUGGGAGAACUGAGUCAUAUUACAGGAAUCUCAAGGAAGAGCAUCAGUGAUUUCACUCAUGUAACACUGAUGCAUAUUGUUAGACCCAGUUCCCCUGUAAUAGCAUUCCUAAAAUAGUGACACACACACACACACACACACACACACACACACACAUACACAUAUAUAUAUAUAUACAUACAUACAUUUUGAUUGUACAUUCUGUAAAGCUACAUUAAUAUUGAUGUUGCAUUUGUGUAAAAUGCACUUAUAAUGUUGACCCAUCAGUAUAGAUUAUUUUCUAAGUCUGCUACAGCCUUGUUAUAGCAAUUAACUCUUGACACUUUGGAGAAGGUAAUAAAUAUUGCAUUAAACAAUAACUUAUCCU